AAUAACAGUGAUUUAAAAACACAUGAACGAAUCCACACGGGAGAGAAACCUUUCCACUGUGAUAUAUGUGGGAAAUCGUUCUAUGUGAAUUCUCAACUUGUAGUUCAUAAAAUGAUGCAUGCUGGUGAAAAUCCUUUCUGCUGUGAUAUUUGCGCAAAAUCUUUUCUCACGAUUAGUUUAUUAAAAACACACAAAAAAAUACACACUGGAGAGAAACCUUAUCACUGUGAAAUCUGUGGGAAAGCUUUUCUUAAAAACCACGAUUUAAAACGUCACAAUCAAAUACAUACAGGAGAGAAACCUUACCAUUGUGAUAUAUGUGACAAGUCGUUCUGUAAAAAUUCUUCCCUUGUUGUGCACAAGCAAAUACACACGGGAGAAAAGUCAUAUCUUUGUGAUAUGUGUGGGAAAUCUUUCUCUCGAAAUUUUGAUCUUAUGAGUCACAAGCGUAGACACACUGGAGAAAAACCUUGUGCCUGUGAAGUGUGUGGGAAAUCUUUUGUUAAUAACAGUGAUUUAAACAUACACAAACGGAAACACACGGGA